AUGAGUUUGAAUUCACUUUCUUCUAAUUCAAGUACUCGGAGUCCUGGAAAUGAGAUUAUACCUGCAACACAGCAAGGAGAAGAGACUGAAGGAGCUCAGUCGCAUCAUCCUAGCACCACGAAGAAAGGUGCUGCAAAGAUUGCUGCUGCAAAGAGAAAGAGGGCAGAGAAAGCUCAAAAAGUGAAGAAAUCUAAGGAGAGAAGUUGGAUUUGGGCACAUUUCAUAAAGGUGGAGCACCCGCUUAUGGAGACUGUGGAUGGAAUUGAACAGGAAGUUGGCCACACCACAAGAGCACAAUGUAAGUAUUGUACUACUCACCUCGCAUGUAAUUCGACUAGUAAUGGAACUAGUUCUCUGAUUAAACACAUAGAGGUAAUAUGCAAGGAAUAUCCGGGUAGAAAAGAAUUAGCAGCGAGUCAAACUCAGCUUGGUGCUGAUGACUUAGAUGAAAAUAUGGUAACUAGGCACUGGACUCAAGAAGCUUGCAUUCAAGCUGCUACGGUUAUGAUAGUGAUGGAUGAAAUGCCCUUUAGUUCCAUAGAAAGACCAGGUUUUAAGUAUUUCUGUAAGGUGGCUAUUCCGAAAUGGAAAAAUCCCUGUAGGAAGGUUAUAGUGAAAUUUUUUUUGCAAAUGUAUCAGUCGAAGAAGGAAGAGCUUAGGAAGGAAUUGAGUUGUCAUUGUGUGUGCUUGACAACCGAUACUUGGACAUCCCUUCAAAACAUCAACUAUAUGGUAUUGACUGCGCAUUUCAUAGAUAAUGGGUGGAAAUUGCACAAGAGAGUUCUAAAUUUUUGUGUAAUAUCAAAUCAUCAAGGAGCUACAAUCGGAAGAAUUUUGGAGUCAUGUUUGAGGGCUUGGUCUAUUGAUAGAGUCUUAACUAUUUCUGUGGAUAAUGCUUCUGCAAAUAAGCAUGCCAUAGAUUACAUUAGGGACAAAAUGAACGAUUGGGAAAAGAGUGCUAUUUUUGGUGGGAAAUAUCUGCAUGUUCGGUGUUUAGCACAUAUAGUCAAUCUCAUUGUGAGGUCUGCCCUACAUUUACUGGAUAAAUCUGUGUCUAGUAUAAGGAAUGCAGUUCGAUAUGUUAGAUCAAGCUCAUCAAGGUUAGAUGCAUUUAGGUCUUGUAUUGAAAAAGAGGUGGGUGAUUGCAAGAGGAUUUGUGUGUUGGAUGUUCCAACAAGGUGGAAUUCCACCUACAUUAUGUUGGAAACAGCUUUAGAGCUUAGAAAGGCAUUUGAUAGGCUGAAAGAUGAUGAGGACAGUAAGUACACGUCUUAUUUUGAUGAAGAUGAAGAGGCUGUUGAGGAAGAUGGUGAAGAGCCGGGUGAUUUCAGUGUUGAUUUAUCUGCAAUUAGGAGCAGCAGGGCAUCUAGGAAGAGGGUUGGACCACCUAAUGCAGCAGAUUGGGAAAAGGCAGUUGUGUUUGUCAAAUUCUUGAAGGUAUUUUACAAUGUAACAUUGAGUGUUAGUGCCACAAAUCACCCUACCUCACCAAAAGCUUUCCAUGAUAUUGUUUCAAUCCAUGUUGAGAUUGAAGAUUUGUUUUGUCAACCUGUGGACAACCAUGAUGUUACACAAAAGAUCCUAUUUCAGAUGGCGUAG